AUGAACGGCGGCGGGGGCGAUGAGAGCGGCAGCGACCAUGAGGGGAGCGGGACGCGGAAGCCGCUGCUGCUCAAGAACACGGGGAGCUGGUACAGGAUGGUGGGGUCGUCGUCGCGGCAGAUGGUCGGCGCCUCGUCCAUGGCCGUGCUGCGCGAGUCCCACGUCUCCGCGCUCCUCUGCACGCUCAUCGUCGCCCUCGGCCCCAUCCAGUUCGGCUUCACCUGCGGCUUCUCCUCGCCCACCCAGGACGCCAUGAUCCGCGACCUCGGCCUCUCCAUCUCCCAGUUCUCGGCGUUCGGCUCGCUGUCCAACGUCGGCGCCAUGGUGGGCGCCAUCGCCAGCGGGCAGAUGGCCGAGCACAUUGGCCGCAAAGGGUCGUUGAUGAUCGCGGCGAUUCCGAACAUCAUCGGUUGGCUCGCCAUCUCCUUUGCCAAUGACUCGUCAUUUCUCUAUAUGGGACGGUUGCUCGAAGGAUUUGGUGUUGGUGUCAUAUCCUACACGGUGCCUGUAUACAUAGCAGAGAUAUCCCCUCAGAGCACAAGAGGAGCGCUUGGCUCCGUGAACCAGUUAUCUAUCACCCUUGGUAUCUUCUUGGCCUAUGUGCUAGGCAUGUUUGUUCCUUGGAGGCUGCUUGCAGUACUAGGAACCUUGCCUUGUACACUGUUGAUUCCUGGUCUAUUCUUCAUCCCGGAGUCUCCAAGAUGGCUGGCAAAGAUGAACUUGACGGAUGAUUUCGAGACUUCUCUGCAAGUUUUGAGGGGUUUUGAGACCGACAUCACAGCCGAAGUGAACGAUAUAAAGAGAGCUGUAGCAUCUGCAAACAAAAAGGCUACGGUUCGUUUUCAGGAGCUGAAUCAAAAGAAGUAUCGAACUCCCUUACUAAUAGGAACUGGCCUUCUAGUGCUUCAAAAUCUAUGUGGGAUAAAUGGCAUAUUGUUCUAUGCAAGUAGAAUAUUCAGAGCUGCAGGGUUCACAAACAGUGACCUGGCCACAUGUGCACUUGGAGCUAUUCAGGUUCUCGCUACUGGAGUUACAACAUCGCUACUAGAUAAAGCUGGCCGACGGAUGCUCCUUAUUAUCUCCACUGCCGGGACGACUCUAAGCCUUCUUGCAGUUUCUGUUGCAUUUUUCCUCAAGGACAAUCUACCACAUGACUCUCACUCGGACUACAUCUUAAGCAUGGUGUCCUUGGUGGCUCUUGUGGGCUUAUAUCAUCACCUUCUCCUUCGGCAUGGGUGCCAUUCCAUGGCUCAUAAUGUCCGAGAUCCUUCCAGUGGGCAUCAAGAGCUUCGCAGGGAGCUUCGCGACGCUGGCCAACAUGCUCACUUCCUUCGGGGUGACAAUGACGGCGAACCUGCUGCUGAGCUGGAGCGCUGGCGGGACUUUCGCGUCGUACAUGGUCGUGAGCGCGUUCGCCCUCGUGUUCGUUAUACUUUGGGUGCCGGAGACCAAGGGGAGGACCCUGGAGGAGAUACAGUGGUCGUUCCGGUGAGUGGUCUUGAUCCGCGGUGCCCCCCGGUCGUCGCAUAUGGUGUGUAG